AUGCUGGGAACAGGCAUGCCCUUCCGCCUUGGCCUGCAAGAUAGCAACUUGCACUUCCGAGCAGAUUCUCCUGGAUCGAACUGGUCGGGAGAUACUCAAUUGCCCACCAUGAUUCCCACUGAACUUGUCGGCAGUCUGCCUCGACCACACUAUCUCCAUCAAGCUUAUGCGAACUUUGAGUAUGGGCGAAUAUCGAGAGAUCGCUUGGAAGCGGCACAAGACAGGGCUGUCAUGGAUACAUUGGACUUGAUGGGACAGGCCGGGGAGAUGUUCGUUACGGAUGGCGAGCAGAAAUGCUCUUCGUUCUGCACAUAUCCUCUCAUGGACACACUGAGCGGCAAAGGCAUGCCAGAUAAUCUUGCAUUAGACGGCCAGUACUUCGCCAUCUACGAUGACGGCCAUCAUCGCCAACUGCCUCGCCUCAUCAGUGGUCCCUUCCGAUAUCGAAGAUACGCUUACGAUAACUUCCAAGAAUCCAAACCCUUCGCCGAGGGUCAUCUCAUGAAGGCUUCAGUCGUAUCACCUGGCACUCUCUACCUCCUCUAUCCCCAUCAAUCCUCGAUCCCAGGCUACCCCAAAGAAGCUUUCCUCCGUGACCUAAUCCACGAAUGCGUAAAAGACAUUCGAGGCUGCUUCGACGCCGGCGCCCAACGCGUCUCGAUCAACUGCGAAGAACUUCGUCUCUCCCUCAAAAAAGACGUCCGAAGUCCCUGGACCGAAGCAGACCUGCUCCCAACUUUCAUAAACCUCAUCAAUCGCGUCCUCGAGCGUUUCACCAGCGUAGAGCGAACGAACAUCGGAAUCCACACCUCCCCCGGCUCAGAUCGUGACAGUCAACAUAGUCUCGAGGUCCCUUACUCCAAACUCUUACCUGCCCUCUUCAAAAUCAAUGCUGGGUACUUCCUCAUAUCUAUGACUUCGGAAAAGGACAAAUCUGCUGUGUUGAAACAAAUCGGACAAUCUCUCCGACGAGACGCGAAUGGUGUGAAACAAGUGGCAUUCAUCGGGGUCACGGAUCCCACGGAUCCAAGAAUCGAGAGUCCGGAAGAGAUUGCUGAUGUCCUUGUCGAUGCUGCGAGAUGGAUCAGUUUGGACCAGCUUGGUGCUACGGACGACAGUGGAUUUGCCGGUUGGUGCGAUGAUUUGAAGCCUAGGUUUAGUAAAGGCGUUUCGGGAGGGAAAGGAGGACCGGAUUGGGCGAGGGAGGUAGCCGGCUUGAAGAUUGCGAAUCGACUGAAGGGGACUAGGAUAGCUAGCUUUGAAAUGCUCGCGAUACAGCCUCCGCUUGGUCACUGCGAUUCUGAGGAUCUGAAAGUGUGGCCAGGUCUCACUAGCAAGGCAGUAUUACAUAUAUACUAA